AUGAGUCUCCCUGGUAGCAACCCAAGUGUUGAUGAUCUUGUUGUCGAUUUAGGUAUCACCCCAAGUGUUGAGGACGAUCUUGUUGUCGAUCUAGGCAUCAACCCAAGUGUUGAUGAUGAUCAUGUUAUCGAUCUAGGUAUCUACACAAGUGUCGAUGACAAUUUUGCUAUCGAUCUAGGUAUCAACCCAAGUGUUCAUGACGAUCUUGCUAUCGAUCUAGGUAUCAACCCAACUGUUGAUGACGAUUUUGAUGAUGAUCUAGGUAUCAACUCUCAUGUUGAUGACGAUCUUACUGUUGAUUUAGGUAUCAACCCGAGUGUGUAUGAACAUUUUAUUGUCGAUCUAGGUAUCAACUCUCGUGUUGAAUACGAUCUUGUUAUCUAUCUAGGUAUCAACCUAAGUGUUGAUGAUGAUCUUGUUGUUGAUCUAGGUAUCAACGCUUGUGCCAAUGAUGAUCUUGUUGUCGAUCCAUGUAUCGACCAUCAUGUUGAUGAUGAUCUUAUUAUCGAUAUAAGUAUCAACCCAAGUGUUGAUGAUCUUGUUGUCGAUUUAGGUAUCACCCCAAGUGUUGAGGACGAUCUUGUUGUCGAUCUAGGCAUUAACCCAAGUGUUGAUGAUGAUCUUGUUAUCGAUCUAGGUAUCUACACAAGUGUUGAUGGAAAUUUUGUUGUCGAUCUAGGUAUCAACCCAAGUGUUCAUGACGAUCUUGUUGUCGAUCUAGGUAUCAACCCAACUGUUGAUGACGAUUUUGAUGUUGAUCUAGGUAUCAACUCUCAUGUUGAUGACGAUCUUGCUGUUGAUCUAGGUAUCAACCUGAGUGUUGAUGAACAUUUUAUUCCCACUAUGUGUGCCACUAUUUCUGUGUAG